UUCUAAGAAGUCAUAUAUUCCGAUCUAAUGAGCUUGGUUUCUGAACCCAAACGAAGCCCCGGUUCCUUUCCUGAACUGUGACCAGAGACUUUGUUGGGGAUUCAUUAACCUCGUCCCCAGGCUCAGAUUGGCUGGUGGACGUUAUUGGGAUUCAUAAAUGCGGACUGUGCAGAAGUAGACCAGACAGAGCAAAGAUGGUGUCUGUUGUUGGUGCUGUGUUCGUUGCGUUGAGCUUGGCACCCCUGCUAGUGCUUAGUGUUCCUCCCAUUGGGACCCAGCCUGAGCAGGUGCACAUUUCCUAUGCAGGGUUCCCUGGCUCUAUGGAGAUCACCUGGACCACAUUCAAUGAGACGGAGGAGAGCACCGUGGAGUACGGCCUGUGGGGCGGACGGCUGUUUGAGCUUACAGCCAAGGGCAAAGCUACUCUGUUUGUGGAUGGAGGAUCAGAGGGGAGGAAGAUGUACAUCCACAGGGUCACUCUGACUGAUCUGAGACCUGCCUCUGCUUAUGUGUACCACUGUGGCAGUGAGGCUGGCUGGAGUGAUGUAUUCUCCUUUACUGCUCUGAAUGAGAACACUAGCUGGAGUCCCAGGUUUGCCGUCUAUGGGGACAUGGGCAAUGAGAACCCUCAGUCUCUGGCCAGACUGCAAAAGGAGACCCAGGUCGGGAUGUAUGAUGUCAUCCUACACGUUGGGGACUUUGCAUAUGACAUGCAUGAGGACAACGGCAGGAUUGGAGAUGAGUUCAUGCGUCAGAUCCAGUCCAUAGCUGCCUACGUGCCCUAUAUGACCUGUCCUGGGAACCACGAGGCUGAAUACAACUUUUCCAACUACAGGAACCGCUUCAGCAUGCCAGGACAGACUGAGAGUCUAUGGUACAGCUGGAAUGUAGGAUCAGCCCAUAUCAUUUCUCUCUCCACUGAGAUCUACUUCUUUCUUGAUUAUGGUGUGGACCUCAUCUUCAAGCAGUACGAGUGGCUUAAAAAGGACCUUGAGGAGGCCAACAAGCCAGAGAACCGAGCAGAGCGCCCCUGGAUCAUCACUAUGGGACACAGACCCAUGUACUGCUCUAACAACGACAAAGACGACUGCACCCAGUUUGAGAGUUAUGUCCGCCUCGGACGGAAUGACACAAAACCGCCAGCGCCAGGUCUGGAGGAUCUAUUAUAUCUAUACGGAGUGGACCUGGAGCUGUGGGCCCAUGAACACACAUAUGAGAGGUUGUGGCCUGUCUAUGGCUACAAGGUCUUCAAUGGGAGCAUCGAACAGCCUUAUGUAAACCCCAAAGCCCCAGUACAUAUCAUCACAGGCUCUGCUGGCUGCCGUGAGAAUCAUGAUCCGUUCGUCCCUAAUCCGAGGGACUGGAGUGCCUUCCGCAGUACAGAUUAUGGAUACACCCGCAUGCAGGUGCACAACACCACCCAUCUGUACCUGGAGCAGGUCUCCGAUGACCAGUAUGGUAAGGUGAUCGACAGCAUCUGGGUGGUGAAGGAAAAACACGGAUUCUCAGCCUGGUUCUGAAGACCCCAAGAAACCCAGCCAAUCAAAUCAACAUCUCUUCUCAGGAAAUGCACUUUGAAACCUAAUCAUGGUGAACUGCACUGUUGACUGCUAUCAAACCAAUCAUAGGAAAAUUAUUAUUUUCCAAAUAAUGGAUAUCUUUGCACACAGGCCCAUCCGUGGAGGACCAUUAGGGAUUAGACACAUGUUUCAGAAUGGGAGGAAAAGCGAAUCUUCAGAUUUCAAACUGUCUGCUCAUAUUUAUGCUGUCUUCUGUUGGUUAUUCAAGAAUCAAGAUGAAAUCAGUGAAUUAGCUGAGCACAUUGAGAGAGGCCCAAACCUGAGGUGACAGUUAUUUUAUACAGUAGAUCACAAUCAUAUCUCUGUACAUCUUAGUUUCAUUCAAAUGGGCACAAUGUGGUUAGUUUCCCAUGAUAAAUGGUUGUAAGGGGCCUACAUUUUAUAACAGUCUACUCAUAUUGCUACCUAGAUUUGUAUGUAUCUGUUAAAUGUUUAACAUAAAAAAAUGUAUAUUGUUAGUGAGAAAGGAACAAACAAACGGUUGUUUAAAGCACCAAUAGAAAAAUGCUAUGAUUCAAUGUAAAUCGUCUCAUUUUACUGUCUUGUUAAGAAUGGUACUGUAAAACAAGGCAUCAGACUUAACUAUAUCAAUAAAUCCUGUCUUUUCAA